AUGACGAGCACGCUGCCGUAUCGACCGUCCGAUGAUACACUCUCCGGAUCCGGUGCGACGUCCAACCGGGCCAAACCCAGCGCGUUGCCUCGGCUGACUCCGUCCCCGUCCGUGCUCAAACGUUCCCCGAGCUCCCAAACGUUGCUGCGUCGUCCGUCCGAGAAUACCUAUGCGAAUACCGUCGCAAUCCCACAGAGCUCGAGACCCCGACGAUGCAAAUCACAGUAUCCGUUGGACUCUUCCGAACGCCAUGUAGAGUUCAUUCUCGUGGCUUCCUUCCACAUUGACCGCGGUCCGAUCAUGGAGCAUCAGUAUCCGGCUGCAAUCAGUGGUGAUGAGAGUAUGUUGGCGGAACUGAUGUUACCGGAUCAGACCCACGUCAGAAGUCAGGAUUGGACGAUAUUCUUCUUGCACAAGGAUACAAGUGCAGACGACGACGAUGAAUCUCUGCACGAGAAAAAGAAGAGAAAAAAUAAAGGAAACAAGUCGGACAAUGGAGAGGAUGACGGUUCGGACGAUGGCUCGGACGACGUUAGCAGUGAUGAUGAAGAUGACGGUGGUGAAGGGCCACCGCUGAUGUAUGUCCUGAAUCUUGUAAAUACAAAACAGGACAACACAGUCAAGCGAGGUGCCGUUGUCAAAGCAAUGGCGAUCUGUACGCGACAUUCUUUCCUUCAUAUCUAUAAGCCCCUGCUCCUUUUGGCGUUGGAUGAUUAUUUCAAGAACCCAUAUCCGGAAACACUGGCACGACUCUACGAUGCCGUCAACUCCAUGGACCUUUCAUUGCUCCCGAAACUCUCUCUCCUCGAACGGCAAAUAUUACAAGCCACGAACACGAAGGAUAUGUUUAUCGAAAAGUUUGAACAAAUGGCACACCAACGUCUGGAAGAGGAGGGCGAAUCAGUUCCAGAUGAUGCCUCUCCGCCGUCGCCCAAGAAACUUGCACCUCGGUUCGCGCUUCCUCGUGAUACCCACGAAUUCGAGUCCAAGGUGGUCUACAAUGACAUCCCCAUUCCCGUCAAAGUGCCUACGGUCAUCUGGCCGGAGACGGUGGGCGAUUUCUCUUUCAUCAAGCUUAUCCAGACUUUCGCCGCCCCUCAUGCUACCUCGCCGCAACCGUUUCCUCUUCAUUCCCACUUGACGACGAGCGGUCCAUUUACCCAUCCGAUUAUUAUUCUGAUCAAUGCAAUGCUGACCCAGAAACGGGUCGUUUUCCUGGGCCACAAUCGACCUUCAGGAGAGGUAGCUGAGGCUGUUCUUGCUGCUUGUGCUCUGGCAUCAGGUGGAAUUCUGCGCGGGUUUACGCGUCAUGCGUUCCCGUACACUGAUCUGACAAAGAUCGAUGACCUUCUCAAGGUGCCUGGUUUUAUUGCAGGCGUAACUAAUCCUACUUUUGCCAACCAUCCCGAAUGGUGGGAUCUUCUCUGUGACCUGCCCACGGGUCGAAUGAAGAUCAGUAGCCACAUCGAGCCGGCGCCGGUUACAGAAGGGCUUUUGUUCUUCCAGCAGCAGAGCCAUUUUGUUAACCCCAAUUCAAGUUCACACUCAGACAGUGGUGAUAACUUGUUCAUGGAGGACAUCCAUCGCAGCAUCACUAACCGCUAUGGAGAAAACUCCAUCCGAGCCAAGUGGCGUGCCUAUAUCAUCAAGUUCACACGCAUGGCUGCAGCUUUCGAGGAAAUGGUUUAUGGAGCGUCGAAUCUUUUCAUCAUCGGCCCGAACGAAGAAUUGUCGCCGGAUAGUCCAAGUAGUCAACAGGCGGAUCCAUUGGAUCCGACGACGCUGAGGGGUCAUGGCUAUGUUUGGCCGAACGAAGCAGCGAAGCAACGAGAACUGACAGCAUCUGUGUCGAGAAUUGAAGGCUGGCGGACCACACGGUCCUAUUACUCGUUCAUUCAGGACAUUGCAACCUUGUACUAUCCGGCGCGACCCAUCCAAAAGCCAGAUCUACACCACCAUCACGACCGGCUACGGUCAUUGAAACUGUCUCACACAGACGCAGGGGCCAUCUACGUCGCCUUUUCUCACGCCGUCAGGGAUUAUGCAGGGAUCUGCCAGCUCCUCACAGUGACACCGGAAAGCCGAGCAGGCUUGUUCUAUCUCAGCAUGGGAUUGUUCCAUCCGGACCAGGACGUGCGCGAAGCCACGGUGGACCUGUUGGAAAGAAUCUCAGUUCACAUGGCCGGACGGCAUUUCUGGAAUCAGCUUGGGCGGUUUGCCAAGUUGGCGUUUUUCCGCGUCAAGCGGGAACGGGAUGCAUCGAGUCCUGUGUCAGCUGGGCCUGGUUUCUCUAAAGAGCCCCAGAGUUUGAUGGGGGUGGCCAUGGGAGAUGGGCUUAGACGCAGCUAG